UCUCAAUGCAUUUGCAUUGUUUUGGAAUUUUGAUCAAUAAUCAAUAUUAUAUUUUAGCAAACAUUUUUUAAGCAAUCAAUUAUACUACAGCUAUUUAAAUAUGGAUAACGAAGCAAACAACGAAAUCAUUAUUAUAGAUGCUGCAGGUCCCAGUAAUAUACUGAUCGAGAGAUUGGAUGAAAAUUGUCAGCAAGCUGUUUCUAGCGUACCAGAAGAUUUUAGUUUUAUGUGCCGAAUAUGCGCUCUGAAGACACGUAACAUCAUGAACCUGUUUCGAGAUGAAGGAGCUGACCAAAAACUAGUGGAAAAAAUUAACAAAUACUUACCCAUAAAAGUGUCACAAGGAGAUGGGUUGCCAGAAGUGAUAUGCUACCAGUGUUCCAAUGCGUUGCUGGCGUGGCAGGAACUAGUGGAGUGCUGCACGCAGGCCGACGCCUCUUUUAGAAAACGAUUAGCACUUGCUGCACAGGGAAAUGCGAUCUCAUCAACAAGCAAAGGUGCCGUUAAUCAAUUGGAUGAAGAUAGCCUGAAGUUUAAGAAAAUGCUCGCGGAACCGCCGCCAUUCACGGAAACGGCUAUGAAUGUAAAAUCGCAAGAUAAAAGAUGUAAUUAUUGUAAUGCAGACAAUUUCGCAUAUUUCGAAAUUUAUUACACAAAAUGUCCAAAAGACAACUUGCUCAAAGUAUGUCUUUCGUGUGGACGCGGGUAUCCCAUAAAAGAAGAUAUUGAGAUAACGUUUCAGCAAUCCGGUUGGAGGUUGCUUCCUAAUACCGUCAUUCCCUCGAAUGUGAAUCUGAUGUCUAAUUUAAGAAUAAGCAACAUUGAAAUCCAAAAUCAUGAAGAACUAAAUACUUGUGAACCGAAUAACACAUUUAAUUUUGAACCCGCAAGUGCAGAAAAUAUUCUGUCAGAAUCACACGAUGAAAUAAACGUAGAAAUCAGUAAUCAUGAGGAAAAUAAUUGUAGUUCAAUAAAUACUUCGACGAUGAAUGUACCGGUUACUAGCGAGAUCAUUGAGUUAUCAUCCAACGCUAGUAGAGAUGCAAGUGAAGCCAAUUGUGCAGAGAAUGAGUUCUCGGACCACAGCGACGUGGAGUCAUUCGCACAACUGCCAGACUCGGUGUUCGAAGCGAUAGAAGACACGCAGGACAGUAUAGACAACCAAGACGAGGGAAAAUGCACUCAAAGUCAAGCACAAGAGAGUUCAAAACGGAAAUCUCGUACAUGUCCUAUCUGUGGCAAAGUAUACACGGCGUCAUCUAGCUACUUCUAUCACAAAAAGCACUUCCAUGGGAGAGUUAAGAAUUACAGUUGCGACGUGUGCGAUAAAAAGUUUGGAACGAGAAGCUCUUUGGUUCAACACGGUGCAGUACACACUGGGGAGCGUAAAUUCGCUUGCAGUAUGUGCGAAAAGAGGUUUCGAUCAAAGGCGAGUAGAUACAUCCACGAACAGACACACAAAGGUGUUAAAGUACAUAAGUGCACUAAAUGCGAGCGUUCGUUCCGCUGGAUCGCGCACUUGACGAGACACAUGCAGCGGCAUGACGCGGUGAAGGCGCAUGCUUGCGCGGUGUGUGGCCGCGCCUUUACCAUUCGAUGCGAUCUGCUCAGACAUGCGCGUACGCAUACAGUUGGCAGCUAUCAAUGCGAGAAGUGUGACGUGAAGUUUGCGCAGAUGAGGUACUUGAAAGCGCACAUGGUGAAAAAACACGGAAUUGUUUUGAAAUCAGGGAACGAUGAAUAGUUAAAAAUAAUAAUGUAUGAAACUAAUCCGCCUCAAUUUAACUACAGUAGUGUGAAUAGCAAACGUCAAUUUAGUACUUUAAUGUAUAGAUAAAUAAAUAUAUUUUUUACAUUA